AUGCCAUCGAGAUUAAAUACGCCCGUCCUGACGGUGGACCCGGCGAAGAUACACGAGGUGGACACUAGGAGUGCAGAGAGUCUCCAUGGGAUGUGGAUGGUGUUCUCUCGCUGUGCAGAUUACAUGGAAGACGGAAGACGCUUAGAGAAUCUCAGCUGGAGAUUAUGGAAUCUAGAGACGUUUUGCUCCACUCCACAGAUCAAGUUCCACCAGCGCAGAAUAGAUCGCCUGCGCCGUGAAUCCAAAGACAUCCCCGAGUUAUCGACAAGCGUCGAUUCCGCCGCCUCUGAAGCUGAACGGAUCGAAAGCCAUAUCAAGUCGCCACCGAGCGACAUGGAUUUUAAACCCAGGAUCGUCGGGGAAGAUCCGAUGCUGAGUAUGAGCCGAGGAAGAGAGAGACACAUUACAUCGAUAGGUUUGGAGAAGAUGGUAUACAAGAUCAAAGAGAAGAAGAGUCUAGAACCCAUUACUCCUCUACCCACAACAUCGCCACCAGAGCAGGCAUCCCAACAGCAAUCCUUGGACAUCACCCCUCGAGCCGCGUCACCUACUCCUACCCCUAAAGCCCGAAAUUCCUGGGAAUCGGUCAAACCGCACAACUCUACGGAUUCCUGCUCGACAGCUGCGCUUGAAGCGAACGAUAGCGAAGACAGCCAGACUCCCGCUUCGGACACGAGUGUUUCUUCGGCCGGAAUGAUCAAGUCCUCCAGCAUCGUUCGAGGAUUUUCUCCAUCCCAGAUCUCUUCCUCGUAUCGUUCCAGGACCCAACUCAACACCGGGCUUGUUUCCUCCAAGCCCAUGACCUCGCUUAAAGCGUCUCCGCUGAAGAAGAAGAGCAUGUUCACCCUGGGCGGCUCCUCAGGCGAUGAUGAGAGUUCAUUCGAGGAUCGCAUGGCGAUCAAACCGCAACGAAGCUCAUUAACCGACGGGCUACAUCAAGUUUCACUCUCACAGGCGAAACCACCCGCUCUGAAAAGCACCCUUCCUACUACCGAUUUCAAAUCCAUCAGAGAGAGCACUGACGAUGAAGGGGCAAUUGAAACCGACGACGAAGACAUGCCUGAAAGCGCAAUUGACGACGAUUCCGAUUGGGAAGACUCUGUUACGGAGAGUGGUCGAUCUAGCCUCGAUGAACGAGAGCUCUUCCAACGAGUUGAUUCGAGACCAAAUCUGGUUUCCCGGCCUUCAUUGCUGACGAUGAUGAUGCAUCAACCACAGCACACCAUGGUCUCCGGAAAGGGUCGAAAUCACAACUCACGCUCCACCCCAGCUCUGCAACGCUCUCGAUUGACCUCACCCAAUCGCCAAUCCUCGGAUGAAGAUGAAGAGAAUAAUCUCACCAUGAGAGGACCUGAAGUUCCCCGCUCGAGGCCUAUUAUCGUCAAAUCAGUGCCGGGCCAAUCGAUGGCCCAUUCGCCUCGCACCACCCGGCGAAAUAUGCUUGCCACUGAACUGACGGAGUCAUUGAGGCGACAUUUACUCUGGGAACGACAGCAAAAGACGGCUCCAGCCGCGACUGCGUUUAAGCGACGACACACCGCCCACGACAUGGCUAAUCUGCAAGAAUACCCUGGCCCGAAACCCGUGAGCGAGGAGCAGCUGCCGCCACCGCAGCGACAGCCUCUUGUUCACCCGGCUGUUCAGCAGGUGAAAGAUAAGGAAACAUCGAAAAACAGCUCAUGGAAUCAUUAUUUCGACUACGGGCCAUGGGAGUACCAUGUCAAGGGCUGGUAG